AUGGUAUCAGAGCAAGAAAACGAAACAGUGAAGACUGACACCUUGAAGAAAACACAUACUUCCGCGAGCAUUACAAUGCAGUCCAUCACACCUUUAUCUCCAUAUUAUCUUGGAGCAUCAGAUAAUCCAGGAACCCCACUGGUCACAGUGCUUCUAACAGGAGAUAACUAUCGCAAUUGGGCACGUUCUAUGAAAACAACAAUGCGUGCAAAGACUAAACUUGGAUUCAUUGAUGAUGAACUUGCAAAAUUGCAACCAUUGCCGGAAUGCACUUGCGGAGCUUCCAAGGAGUUGGCACAACAAGAGGAAGAGCAACGCGUCCACCUGUUUCUUGGAGGAAUUGAUAACGAACGCUACCAUCAUGUGAAGGGGACUUUGUUAAGUGAUUCCAAACAAGAAAUAGUUGCCGCUUUUCAUGUAGCCAAUUUCAACAGAUGCAAGGGCCGUGAUGGUCCACGUCCAAAAUGUGAUCACUGUGGUAAGAUUGGACACGAAAAGGCCAGAUGCUUCGAGCUGGUCGACUAUCCACAAAACUGGGAAUCACUAAAGCCAAAAGGCAAAUAUCCAGGGGGAGCUCGACUUGCUUGGGCUGGGUACAAUCAUGAUCACGCCGCAAACAUGGAGGGAGGAACUAGCAACCAUGCUAAGAAGAAUGAUCAAUUAGAUCAUAUGUCUGGUAAUCAUUUAAAUUAUAACAAUGAUAGGUGGGUCUUGGAUAGUAGAGCAUCACACCAUAUGACACCCACAUAUUCCAUUCUCAAAGAUUUACGUGACUUAGAUGAGCCACUACACAUCAUAAUUCCCACUGGGGAUGCUGUCUUGGUGAAAAAGAUUGGCACUGUGCAAUUGGACCAAGCAAUGAAGAGGAAGAUUGGGUCCGGUGAUUUGUGUGAUGGAGUCUAUGUUCUUAGAAUGGCAAAUCAGGGAUCAUCUCUAGCUGCACAACCUCAAGAUGCAAUUGUUCUUUGGCAUGCAAUAAUGGGUCACCCAUCUAAUAAAUUUGAUAAGAAGGUGAAGGUUUUUCGUAAUGAUAAUGGUACAGAAUUUACAAAUACAAGAAUCCAGUCAUUCUUUCAAGACGAAGGAAUUGUUCAUCAGGUGUCUUGUGUGGUACGACCACAACAAAAUGGUCGUGUGGAACAUAAACACAGACAUAUUUUAAAUGUGGCACGUGCACUAAGAUUUCAUGUCAAUUUACCACUAUCCUUUUGGGGGGAGUGUGUUCUUACUGCUACACACAUCAUUAAUAGAACACCCACAUCAACAAAUGGAGGAUUAACACCAUAUGAGAUGCUUUUUGGGAAAACCCCGUUAUUUGAUCACUUGCAAGUUUUUGGGUGUCUAUGUUACAUGAAAACUCCUUUGAAACCUGAUGAUAAAUUUGCUACUCGAGCUCAUAAAUGUAUAUUUGUAGGUUAUCCUACUGAUCAAAAAGAGUGGCGUGUUUACAACUUGGAUACCAAGAAAUUCUCAACAUCCAGGGAUAUUAUCUUCUAUGAAAGGAUUUUUCCUUAUGCUCAAGGACAAUUACUGCAUGAGAUGACUGUGUUUCCAUACAAUCCUGCUACAGUUUCACCGCUAGAGGACCAUCCAAUGUGCCACAUGUUGAUAUCUAAUGAACCAUGCAUGUCUUCUUCUCCGUUUGUGCAGCACGAGGACAACUUGAUGAUGACAUCUUCCUUAGUACGACACGAGACUGACCAAAUAGUGACUAGUCCUUGCCAAGUGAUAACUGAAGCUCUUUCACCUGGUCAAGAUGAGUCUAAAAACUUCCAUGUGAACAUAUCCAGGGAAACGCAUAACUCUCCGAGUCUCACCCAACUGGCACCCCGCAACAGGAAACCUCCAGGAUAG